GGGAGGGAGGGGUUAAACUCUGGAGGAAAAGUUUCUUUGGCUGCCUCUAAAGCAAUGGACGAAGUUUUUCUGAAGUCAUUUAGCUCGAUUCUUCUGGCUUUAAGGCCACACAAUGCGGAGAGACUGUGGUAAUAAUAAUAAUAACUACAACAUGAUAGAGUAGUGUGUGUAUGUGUGUGUGUUUACGAACAUUACUGCACGUUGAUCUCAUCACACCCAACGAUGGCAGAUGGGAAUCACACAGUUGUGUACUUGUCUGAGCAGGUGAUCGUCCUGUGUUCAUGCGCGCUCUCGUUCCUGGGCUCCUCGCUGAUCAUCCUCACCUACAUCUUCUGGUCGGACUUGAGGACGACUCCGAGGAGGCUGCUGGUCUUCCUCUCGGUGGCCGACUGGCUGUCCGCCGUCUCCUACGCCUUCGGGGUCUGGAGGGUUUUCCGCACCGACUCGCUGGACUGCGUUGCUCAAGGAGCCAUAUCCACGUUCGCCAACACCAGCUCUUUCUUCUGGACCAUGGCCAUCGCGGUCUACCUGUACGUGUUCAUCGUGAGGUCCAGCCAGAGAGCGGCCGACAGCUUGGUGUUGUUUUUCCACCUUGUCAGCUGGGGUGUCCCUCUGGCCAUCACUGUUGCGGCCGUGAGCCUGAACAAGAUUGGCUACGAUGCGUCGGAGGUGUCGGUGGGCUGGUGUUGGGUCAGGAUCCACACUCCUGACCGGGUCCUGUGGAUGCUGCUGACUGGAAAGAUCUGGGAGUUCUUGGCUUACCUCACCCUGCCUGUCCUCUACAUCCUGAUCAAGAGGCACAUCCACAUAGCGCAUGCUGCGCUGUCUGAGUACCGCCCCAUCCUGGCCAACAGGCCUCCUUCCAACUCCUUCUCCUCCAUGGCUGAUAUGAAGCUAACACUCAUCCCCAUCAUCUUCAUCGCCUUGCGCAUUUGGAGCACAGUGCGCUUCAUACUGCUGCUCGCUGACUCUCCAGCCAGACAGAACCCAGUGCUGGUCACUCUACAUGGAAUUGGCAACACCUCGCAGGGAGCAGCCAACUGCAUCAUGUUCGUACUGCUUACUCGGCCGAUCCGCACUCGCCUCUGCGCCGCGCUCUGCUGCUGCUCCAAGAGUCGAGAAGACGAGCAGCACUCGCAUGGCGCCCCUCACAGGCUGCUGCCAGGACGGGACACCUCCACCCAGAGGGAGGAGGACAGCACCAGUCGAGUCGGGACUGAUCGAUGACAUUCUGUGGAUGCGAAGACGAACGAAGGUGGAGGGCUCGGUGGAGGUCUCUGCUUCACAUUGAACCUCAUUACAGCAAGUGGCUGCAAAGAAGGUUGGGGAUUCUGCAGGCGCAUGCACAUUUGUGUCACAAGGAACGUCAAAAGUGUCUGCACUUUGGGUAAUGAGGGUUGUAUUUCUGGGUUGUGCACCUGCAAUUGGUGAAGGAUUUUUUUUUUUUUUUUUGUACAACAUUUUCACUUUAAGUGAUGAACACAAUUGUCACUGAUAGUGAACUGUCACAGAAAGCUUUAAGUGAGAACCCACCCUUAAUCUUAUCUUUCCACUAUCAAAGCCUGUUGGCUUGAAAGAUGUUGCGAAAGGUCAGAGUGACCUAAAAUAACAUUUAGUCAUAUCAUAGUUAAUCAAAUCUUUUUUGUACUCAGUAGUGGAUGAAUGAUGUAGAAGACAAUGAUGCUGGAAGUGUGUUCAAUGAAUGUUUAUUUUCCAAAGUGAAAACCUGUCACCAUGAACUCAAGCUGACCACUGCUGCUGGUCUGUUAGAGAAGAAACUGCAAUCUUUUUGUAUAGCUUACAGUUACACCUUUGUUUGUUUAAAUUUUGAGUUUAUUAUCCCGUGAAUAUGUUUGCAAUGUAACUUUAAUUCUCCCCCAAAAAAACAGGUCAGGUCUAAAAAAUAAAACUCCUACUCAUGUCCAAUAUAACUUUGGGUAUUUGUUUGAACGAAACUCGAUUAUGUCUGUUCGUGUCUUUAAAGAAAAGUAAAUCAUAUAUUAAGAACACAGUUUUCUGUCAGUGUUCAAUUCACAAAAGCAUAUUA